AUGUCGGAUGUUAAUACGACAUCAAUAAUAACAACCGAGCCAUCAAGAGCAGCAAUAAUUGGUGCGUACUAUUCGUUAACCUUGGUCAUUGUUGGUACUUUACUCAAUAUUUUAACAUUUAUUGUUCUUUGUCGAUCAACACUCAGAAACACAAAAACAAGACCAACACUUCAUUAUAUGAGAGCAAUGGCUAUCUUUGAUAUUCUUAUGUUAUAUGGAUGGAAUAUUGAUCAUUAUCUUGCUACCAUAUAUGGAUUUACUUUUUCAAAACGAGCAAUACCUCUAUGUAGGUUUUUCUCCUUUCUUAACUAUUUUACUGCUCAAUCAUCAGCUUGGCUUCGUGUUUUCGUCUCUCUUGAUCGAUAUUUAUCAUUGAGUCGUCUUCAUCGAACAUGGUUUGGUAAAUCGAAGAAUGUUCUUAUUAUAAUUGCAUGCAUUAUGGGCAUUCUUGUUCUUCUCAACUUUCAUUUUUUUCUUUUUGUUUGCUAUUAUAGACCCAAUGGUACGAUUAAUAUUGCAUCUUGGCUAUAUGCUGUCUAUCCACUAUGGGAUUAUGUCAAUCUAGGAGUAUACAAUUGCGCACCAUUUAUAUUAAUGGUUACAUUCAAUAGUGGUGUUAUUUAUCACUUAAUUCAUCUUCGUCAUACAAGUACUGUUCAAAAUUCACGCAUUCAACAUCGAUCCAUCUCAAUUACAUUGGUUAUUACCACAUUCCUUUUUCUAAUUAUGACUAUACCAGCUACUGUAGGUUAUGCAUUCUUUUCUACAGCAGGUUCUACCAUUUUGCAUUUAUUGGAUGGUCUUCUUUAUACUUAUCAUAUAUUAUCAUUUGCAUUGUAUAUGAUUACAUAUGAUGAGUUUCGACAAGAAUUUUUCGCGAUGAUUAUAUGUAAAACAAACAAUCAACGAGUUGCACCACAAAUGCGAACUGGUACUGUACGACAGAUAUUGACUACAACAAAACCUGGUACCAAUACUUGA